GCAUAAUUUCAUUUACCUUCAGAACUCAAUGGGUGGUGAUGAUCAAAUGAAGACGCUGCAGGCAAAGCCAAAACAACAACAACUUCAACUUGAAGAACUGUACCAAGGAAUCCCAGAUGAGUCUGUUAACCUUACCUUUCAAGACCUAGCCAAUGUGAAUUCAUCAAACAACACAAUGGCCACUACUAAACACGUUUCUGAAGGAGGUAUAAUUAACAACCCUACAAAUAUACCAUCACCUUCUCUUUCCACAGUGCCUAGACUUGACUUCAAAAAAGGCUUGGAGGCAUCCUAUCACAGCCAUCACCACCAUGACAACAACUACAAUCAUCACCAUCAACACCAACAACAUAGAGGUGGUGGUGACUCUCCAUGGGGUCGUUUUAGCCAUGCAAGUGAUGGUGUACCAAGUAGGACUGGUGAGUAUAGCAUGAGUUAUAAUGGAAUGAAGAGUGGUGAGAGUUUUGCUUCUGGAAAAGGUGGUUCUGGUCGACGAAGGCGACCGGGGAUUCCUCACUCUAAGAUUUGCACCAUUUGCAGUAACUAUGUUUAUCUUUUCAGAACUAGAUGCCUGGUAUGUGGCAGGGUUUAUUGCAGGCAGUGUGUGGAAAUAGGCAUGGGAGAAAUGACAGAAGGAAGAAAGUGCAUUGAGUGCCUUGGAUUGAGAUUCAGCCAAAGGUACAUAGAAAGAGCUGGGAUGGCAGGGUGUUGUAGUUUGAGGUAUCCAAGUACAUUGAAGCAUGUUGAGCUCAACUGGGCUGAGAAAGGACCAAGGAGGAGUGGUGAUAGAGGCUAUAAUAAUGGUCACCAUAGUAUGGCCUCCACAAGACCAAGAACCCCUACAAACCGAAGGAGUCCUCUUUCUAUUGCCAGCACUGAAGCCUCCUUUGUCAUGUCUGCAACCCAUUCUCCCUUUUCUGCUCAUCACCACCACAUCCCUCUUUGAAAAUUACAAUAAGCAAUAUAUAACUUUAAAUACUACCAUAUGCAAUAAUAUCUCAGACUUUAGUGCGAUGCCUGAUAAUAUUCUUUCAAUAUAUUUUUUCAGAGUUUGUUUUAUGUGACAUUAUU